AAGCUCCAGACCUGAAGCAGGAAGAGAGACUGCAAGAAUUGGAAAGCUGCUCCGGUGUGGGAAGCGCCUCCGAUGACACCGACGUCAGAGAAGUUAGUUCCCGGCCCAGCACACCUGGCCUCAGUGUUGUCUCAGGUAUCAGCGCAACGUCCGAAGACAUCCCGAACAAGAUAGAGGACCUGCGAUCUGAAUGCAGCUCCGACUUUGGUGGGAAAGAUUCAGUCACCAGCCCGGACAUGGACGAAACGGUGCACGGUGCCAGCCACUUGACCUCGCCUCCUUGCCAGGCGGAUUCCCUUCUCGCCAUGUUUGACCCCUUGGUUUCUCACGAAGGUAACCUCUCCCACGCGGGAAGCCCUCUGGUCAGGCCCAAAGUCCACUACGCCCGGCCGUCUCACCCGCCACCGGAUCCCCCGAUCUUGGAAGGGACCCUGGGCGGCAGCGACGCCAGGCUGCCCAGCUUCGCCUCCCACACGGCCAUGCUCUUCGACUCGGAGGCCUUCAAGCAGCGCUACUCCUACCCCGAAAGGCUCGUGCGGAGCCGGAGUUCCGACAUCGUCUCGUCCGCCCGGAGGCCCAUGAGCGAUCCCGGCUGGAACAGGCGAGCGGGGACCGAGGAGCGGGAUCUUUUGGGGCCCGGGAGCAACGCCGGAGGGGUGCCGAUGGUUCCCGGACUGCAGUCUUCCUCUUCAUCUCCGAGCAAAGAUUCCUGCAGGGGAGAGAUUGAAGACCGAAAAGACAGCGAUGAUGAGAAGUCCGACCGAAACAGACCCUGGUGGAGGAAACGUUUCGUGUCAGCCAUGCCCAAAGCUCCAAUUCCGUUUAGAAAAAAAGAAAAACAAGACAAAGAGAAGGACGACUUCAUCCCGGAUCGAUUUUCUUCCCUUCAAGACGACCCCGGUCCUCGGCUGAGCACCCAAGCCCAGGCGGCUGAAGAUAUUCUCGACAAGUACCGGAACGCCAUCAAGCGCGCCAGCCCUAGCGAGGGGGCCGUUGUAAAUUACGACAGCGCUGAAGCCAUCGGAGACAGCGAGAGCAUCCACGACGCCUUGCAAAACAUGUCGGCUGACGAUCUCCCCGAUUCGGCCAGCCAAGCAGCUCAGCCUCAAGACUCCACUUUCUCCUACAGGGACGCGAAGAAGAAGCUGCGCCUGGCACUCUGCUCCGCUGACUCCGUAGCUUUCCCCAUGUUGUCCCAUUCCACGCGGAACGGCCUUCCCGAUCACACGGACCCCGAAG